AUGUCUGGACGAGGAAAAGGCGGUAAAGGACUCGGAAAAGGAGGCGCCAAGCGGCACCGGAAAGUGUUGCGUGAUAACAUCCAAGGAAUCACCAAACCAGCAAUCCGUCGUCUCGCCCGCCGUGGCGGUGUCAAGCGUAUCUCCGGUCUGAUCUACGAGGAGACUCGCGUUUGCAAAGUAAGUGCACAAAUCACACCUCAUACUCGCGGUGUGUUGAAGGUGUUUCUGGAGAACGUGAUCCGUGACGCCGUCACAUACACCGAACACGCCAAGAGAAAGACCGUCACUGCCAUGGACGUUGUGUACGCGCUGAAACGACAGGGACGAACUCUGUACGGCUUCGGAGGUUAA